GGGGCUACGCGCGCCAUGGAGCCGCGGUGCCCGCCGCCGUGCGGCUGCUGCGAGCGAGUGGUGCUCAACGUGGCCGGACUGCGCUUCGAGACGCGGGCGCGCACGCUGGGCCGCUUCCCAGACACACUGCUGGGGGACCCGGUGCGCCGCAGCCGCUUCUACGACGGUGCGCGCCGCGAGUACUUCUUCGACCGACAUCGGCCCAGCUUCGACGCCGUACUCUACUACUACCAGUCGGGUGGUCGGCUGCGGAGGCCGGCGCACGUGCCGCUCGACGUCUUCCUGGAGGAGGUGGCCUUCUACGGGCUGGGCGCGGCGGCGCUGGCGCGCCUGCGGGUAACUUCUGGCUGCCCGGUGCCGCCCGAGCGCCCCCUGCCCCGCCAUGCCUUCGCGCGCCAGCUCUGGCUGCUCUUCGAGUUCCCCGAGAGCUCACAGGCCGCGCGCGUGCUGGCCGUCGUGUCUGUGCUUGUCAUCCUCGUCUCUAUCGUAGUCUUCUGCCUUGAGACGCUGCCCGAUUUCCGCGAUGACCGCUACGACCCGGGACUAGCUUCAGUGGCCGCAGCUGGCCCGUUCCCCGCUCGGCUGAAUGGCUCCAGCCCCGUGCCAGGAACCACUUCCCGCUUGCCCUUCAACGACCCAUUCUUUGUGGUGGAGACGCUGUGCAUCUGUUGGUUCUCCUUUGAGCUGCUGGUACGCCUGGUGGCCUGCCCGAGCAAGGCAGUCUUCUUCAAGAACGUGAUGAACCUCAUCGAUUUUGUGGCCAUCCUGCCCUACUUUGUGGCACUGGGCACUGAGCUGGCCCGACAGCGGGGUGUGGGUCAACCAGCCAUGUCUCUGGCCAUCCUGCGGGUCAUCCGAUUGGUGCGUGUCUUCCGCAUCUUCAAGCUGUCCCGGCAUUCAAAGGGCCUGCAGAUCUUGGGCCAGACACUUCGGGCCUCCAUGCGUGAGCUGGGCCUCCUCAUCUUUUUCCUCUUCAUCGGGGUGGUCCUCUUUUCCAGCGCAGUCUACUUUGCUGAAGUUGAUCGAGUAGACUCCCAUUUCACCAGCAUCCCCGAGUCCUUCUGGUGGGCAGUGGUCACCAUGACCACAGUUGGCUACGGUGACAUGGCACCUGUCACUGUGGGUGGCAAGAUAGUGGGUUCUCUGUGUGCCAUCGCUGGUGUGCUGACCAUUUCCUUGCCUGUACCAGUCAUUGUCUCCAACUUCAGCUACUUUUACCACCGGGAGACGGAGGGUGAAGAGGCCGGGAUGUACAGCCAUGUGGACACACAGCCCUGUGGCACUCUAGAGGGCAAGGCCAAUGGGGGCUUGAUGGAUGGAGAAGUGCCUGAGCUGCCACCUCCACUCUGGGCGCCCCCUGGGAAACACCUGGUCACUGAAGUGUGAGGGACAGUUGAGGUCUGCAGGGAGGGUAGAGGGGGAAAUAGUGGGAGGGGAUUGGGUUUAGGAAGAUCUAGGUUAAGAGGUAACAAGUGGGGAAAGCUGAGUCUUGUUGGGUCUUGAGUUGUGUGGUUUGGUAGCUCCUGUGGGUCCUCAAAUAGCCAAGAAUGGCAACGGCUGGUGUUGGGCUAAGGGGGAACUCCGCUGGUUUGUACUGCAUUGAGUAGUACACAGCUCAUGGGGCCUUUUGGGGUAAUGUUGAGAUAGGUUUUCUCAUAUUUGUAUAUUUUUUAUACAAAUACAUAUCAUCCUGUGUGUUUCCUAGGUCCACGUUGGGUUGGGUUGGCUGGUGAGUCUGAGUAAGUCUUGUCCAAAUGCAUUACACAGGAUUUGUGAGCUCCCUAGAGUUGUGCUGGAUCACAUCAGGUAGUCCCCCAUGGCACUGUGGAGAUCCAUUGUGUGGUCCAUGCAUGGUGUUGUUGAGUUGUGUUGAGACAUGUCGAGAAUUGUGUGGCAUUGUGUUUCUUCUAGGACCAUGUUUUUUUAGGUUCUGUGAACUUGUGAGUCAUGUAGAAAUACACAGUCAAGUAAUAGAAUAUGAGCUUUCUAGGUCACAGUGGGUUAAGUUGGGUUGGAACCUAUGGCUGAGUUCACCUUUUAAGGGUUUUGUCAAGUUGUAUCAAUAAGGCUGGUUCAGUUGGGUCAUAAAACUGUUGGAGUCUCACAGGGCCAUGCUGAGUUUUGUCACUGUGUGAAUUCUGUUGAUUGAGUUGGACUAUAUGUAUGGGAUCCAUAGGGCAAUGUUAGGUGGUUUUGCACUUAGUGGGAGCAUCAGGACCUAAGGAUAACAGCACUUGGCAAGAGUCAUGUAUCCAGGAGGAAGUGUGGUGUUGCGGAUCUGGGAAAUGGACUGAACCACUGGCCCAGCGUUACUCCCUGGAGGCGAGGGACUGGGUCUUGAAUCCCUGGAUUCAGGUGUUCAUCAAAAGGGCCUCCAGGUGAACUAGGAAGAUGGAGAGAGUUCAUCUUGCCCCAGCUCUGUCUGUCCUCCCUUGUGGUUUAGCAUGGAGACAUGGAAGUCAGAGCCAUGAGGGAAGACAGACAGGCAGAAAGCUGUGUGUACUCUGUUCAGACAUAAUAAGGGAACAAAAAGGAGGGGAAAACAGACACCCAAGAGAGACCGUGGGACAGAAAGAGAGAAAGAAGGAAAGAGAGACCCAAAGGAGGGAAACAGAGACCCAUAGAGAGAAGACCCCUUAGGGGAAUAGAGACCCAGAGGAAAGGGGACAGGGACCCAGAGAGAAGUACAGAGACCAAUGAUGAGGCAUGGAGACCUGGAGGGGGAUGUCAGACACCCCAAGAGAGAAGGACAGACACUAGAAAUGAAGACAGACCACACAGCAUCUGAGAAAGAAAGCUCCUCCUUCCCUGCCCCCCCCAAAAGGCAGAAAAACUGGUAUUCUUGACCCUAAAGAGAGGCCCAGUCUCUGUCCUCAGAAUCCUAAGAGAUCACCCAUCUUCCUGCAGCUCAGAAAGACUGUCUGACAGCUGGAUGUCUCUGUGUUUUCCAGGAGAGGAACCCAAGGCUCAAAAGGGCAAUAGCUUCCCAAGGUUCACACAGCACACCAGGGUGGGGGUGCUUGUGGCUGGCUGCUGGGCUUCACAUGUUCCCACAGUCCGUGGUGUUCAGGGACUUCCUGAGGCCAGUAGUCUCAUGUCCUAUAGAUGAGGAAACUGAGGCUCAGAAGGUAUGCUGUUACCCAAGGUAGCAAAGCCAAACAUUUUCUAGAGUCAGAAUGAAAGGGCAUUUAGAGGAGGAAGAGGAGGAUGGUUACAAUCGCUAACACACAUAGGGCUUCCUAUGUGCCAGGCAUUGUUCAAGGUAUUAUAUUAAUUUAUUAAAAACCUAUCCAGUGGUUUA